GCAGCAGCAGCCUCCUCCUCCUCCUCAAUUUAUCCCACUAAAGGGUCACUAUUACUAUCCUCCUCAAACCUACAUAAUGACAAACCACUGCACUUGUCAUGUGGACGGAAUCCCAAUACAUUAGUUUUCAGGGGCAUCAGAGGCCGUAAACAACAAGUGCCUGCUCUUCCAAAUGCAAAUGAUGAUAAUCAAAGCAGCACUACUUUAGGUGCUGACCAGUCCCUCACGGUUUCAAACAAUACUGAUGAAGCACCCCAUGAGGACAUGGUUGCUUCUUCUUCAUUAUACUAUCACCCGCAACAUGCUCAAAUCUUGGGAGACCACGGAAAUCUUCUAGAUAAACUUAAGGCUAUUCACAUGCAUGCUUUAGCUAUGGAACAAUGGAAUGCUUCUCGACUAAAACUGUGUCACGGACGGCAUGCCAUGAGUGCUGCAAACCUCAUACACUAUUUGGCUCUCAAAAGCCUUGAUGUUAACCAGAUAAAGGAUGAGCUCUCAUCGGUGGGCCUUUUGAACUUGGAAACUAUCAAUCCAUAUGUCAUUGCAAGCCUUUCUGCUGGAAUCCAGAUGUUGGAAAACCUAAAUUCCACCUCUUCAGAUGGCAACGAGAGAGCCAGUAACAAAAGGUUCAAUACGUAUUCGUUAAGCAUGAUGACAAAUAAGGCAAGUUAUAACCGGGACUUACUGGUUGGUCCACUACAGGGUGAAACAAGUCAUAUCAUGGUCACAGUUGGUGAAGAAGCCAUAGCUAAUGAAGCAUUUAUCAAGGAUAUUCUUAAUAAAGGCACCACAAUUAUUCGCAUCAACUGUGCUCAUGGUGAUCCAAGUGUUUGGAGUGAGAUAAUUAGAAGAGUGAAAAUGAACUCCCAGAUGUUGGAGAAGCCAUGCCGGAUUCUCAUGGAUUUGGCUGGACCAAAACUACGCACAGGUAGGAUGAAAGCCGGUCCAUGUGUCAUGAAAAUAUCUCCAAAGAAGAACGUGUAUGGAAAUGUGAUCAACCCUGCCCAGAUCUGGAUGGCUCAUAAAGGAGCCGGUCCGCCACCUGCUCAUGUAUCUCCUGAUGUGGUUUUAUAUGUGGACGGUGAAGAGUUUCUCACAAAGCUGGAAGUUGGUAAUACGGUUAGAUUCAGUGACGCUAGAGGAAAACAAAGGUCAUUUAAGAUUUCUAAGAAAUUCCCUGUUUUUACUGGAGUCGGAUUCAUGGCUGACUGUACAAAAACGUGUUACAUUCAAACGGGAACAGAAUUGUUUAUCAAGGGGAACAAGAAAAGAUACUCAUUUGGAUGUGUAGUGGAUGUGCCUCCGGUUGAGUCAUUUGUUAGAUUGAGAGUUGGAGACUUGCUAGUAAUAACACGAGAUAGCUCAGAUGACCAAGAAUUAACAUCCUCUAUGGUUGGCACUCCUAGAGUGACUUGUUCUUCUGGGUAUCUCUUUGACUCGGUUAAACCUGGAGAGCCCAUUGCUUUUGAUGAUGGGAAAAUAUGGGGGGUUAUUAAAGGAACCAGUAUUUCAGAAAUAGUUGUUUCUAUUACUCGUGCCAGUCCACGAGGUACUAAACUUGGUUCAGGGAAGUCGAUUAACAUCCCUGAAAGUAAAAUUCUGUAUGAAGGUUUAACUUCAAAAGAUAUUAUUGAUCUUGACUUUGUUGGUAACCAUGCCGACAUUGUUGGGGUUUCAUUCAUUCGAGAUGCUCAUGAUAUCAUUGUGCUUCGUCAAGAACUGGAGAAAAGGAAACUUGAGCACUUGGGAGUUGUUUUAAAAAUUGAAACAAGAGAUGGGCUAAAAAACUUGGCUAUCAUGCUUUUAGAGGCAAUGAAGCUGCCAAAUCCUUUGGGGGUUAUGAUUGCCAGAGGAGAUCUUGCUGUUGAGUGUGGAUGGGAGUUGAUGGCAGAUAUUCAAGAACAAAUUUUAUCGAUAUGCAGCGCUGCACAUGUCCCAGUUAUUUGGGCAACCCAAGUACUAGAGUCACUAGUAAAGACUGGUGUGCCUACAAGAGCUGAGAUAACAGAUGUGGCGUGUGGAAGGAGGGCAAGUUGCAUAAUGUUGAACAAAGGGAAGCACAUUUUGGAAGCUAUUGAUGCAUUAAAUACCAUAUUGAAAAGCAGCUCUACCAAGGUGAAGACAGAAGUAGAACCUCUCGCACUAUCUAGCCACCUCUGUUGAUUUUCUUUUAAUACAUAUAGAUAGUGUUUGUAUAUAACUUUCAAUACACUUCAUCUUGAAUGGAUUCAAUCUGGUCUCUCCUC